AUGUCGGCAGGAACCUGGCAGGAACGCUGGGUGGCUGGCAUGAAUGCUGCCACCCUGGCAGAAUGCUGGCAGAAAUCCUGGCAGGAAAGCUGGCUGGACGGCUGGACCACUGGCUGGCUGGCAGGAACGCUGGCAGGAACGCUGGCAGGAUCGCUGGCUGGCUGGCAGGAACACUGGCUAGAAUACUGGUUGGCUGUCAGGAUCGCUGGCAGGAACGCUGGCAGGAACGCUGGCAGGAUCGCUGGCUGGCUGGCAGGAACACUGGCUAGAAUACUGGUUGGCUGUCAGGAUCGCUGGCAGCAAUACUGGCUGGCUGGCUGCAGUGCUGGCUGGCUGGCAGGAAGGCUGGCUGGCCAGCAGGAAUGCUGGGAGGACACUGGCAGCAAUGCUAUCUGGCUGGAGGCAACCCUGGCAGGAACGCUGGGUGGCUGGCAGGAAUGCUGCCUGGCUGGCAGGAAUGCUGGCAGGAACGCUGGCAGCAACGCUAUCUACCUGGCAAGAUUGCCGGCAGGAACCCUGGCAGGAACGCUGUGUGGCCAGCACUAA